CAGCUGUCUGGGGGCCACAGUCUCUGCACCGCUCCUGCUGGGGGCUGCCCACGCCAACCACCUGCCUCAGUCACCUCCUCUUCCAACGCCCAGCCACAAAUCCCUGGACUGAGGCAACCUCGAAAUCCAUGUUGGAGCCCAAGGAGAAUGCAGUGAUGUGCAUUAAAAAGCAGCAGCCUCCACACAAUGGAACCGUGGCUGGCUGAAUGCUGUCUGCACAUGGCUUUGCAGCAUGGAAACCGUUCGUGGUGAAACUGGAAGACGGCAUCGAGACUUUGUUUCAGCUUUUGUGUUUGUCUACACGGCAUUGAAUCCACACGAGGCCACAAGCACUUUGCGUUUCUAAGAUAGCAGUGCUUUAUGUAUUGGAAUUUCCAGGCCUUCAUCAUUUUCAUCUCUUUUAAACUUCCCUUGGCCAGAACAUCCCCUAAGAUGGCAGAGGAGGGCAGCAGCACCAAGGACUCUGAGUCCUUCAGCGUGCUCAACUGGGAUCAGGUUAGCCGGCUGCAUGAGGUCCUGACUGAGGUCGUACCCAUCCAUGGACGAGGCAACUUUCCAACCUUGGAGAUAACCCUGAAGGACAUUGUCCAGACUGUCCGAAGCCGGCUGGAGGAGGCGGGCAUCAAAGUGCAGGAUGUCCGGCUGAACGGCUCUGCGGCCGGUCACGUUUUGGUCAAAGACAACGGCUUGGGUUGCAAAGAUCUGGAUCUGAUCUUUCACGUGGCUCUUCCCACAGAGGCAGAAUUUCAGCUGGUGAGAGAUGUGGUUCUGUGCUCCCUUCUGAACUUUCUGCCAGAGGGCGUGAAUAAGCUCAAAAUCAGUCCCGUCACCCUGAAGGAGGCAUACGUGCAGAAGCUGGUGAAGGUUUGCACAGACACGGACCGCUGGAGCCUGAUUUCCCUCUCCAACAAGAACGGGAGGAACGUGGAGCUCAAGUUUGUCGACUCCAUCCGGCGUCAGUUUGAGUUCAGCGUGGACUCUUUCCAGAUCAUCCUCGAUUCUUUGCUCUUUUUCUAUGACUGCUCCAGUAAUCCCAUCUCCGAGCAUUUUCACCCCACAGUGAUCGGGGAGAGUAUGUACGGGGAUUUUGAGGAAGCCUUUGACCAUCUUCAGAACAGGCUGAUCGCCACCAAGAACCCUGAAGAAAUCCGAGGUGGGGGUCUUCUUAAGUACAGCAACCUUCUUGUGCGGGACUUCAGGCCUGCGGACCAGGAGGAGAUAAAGACUUUGGAGCGCUACAUGUGCUCCAGGUUUUUCAUCGACUUCCCCGACAUCCUGGAGCAGCAGAGGAAGCUGGAGACCUACCUUCAGAACCACUUCGCUGACGAGGAGAGAAGCAAGUACGACUACCUCAUGAUUCUUCGCAGGGUCGUGAAUGAGAGCACCGUGUGCCUCAUGGGGCACGAACGCAGACAGACCCUGAAUCUCAUCUCUCUCCUGGCCUUGCGUGUGCUGGCGGAACAAAACAUCAUCCCCAGUGCCACCAAUGUCACCUGUUACUACCAGCCAGCUCCUUAUGUCAGUGACGGCAACUUCAACAACUAUUACAUUGCCCACCCUCCAGUUACCUACAGCCAGCCUUAUCCUACAUGGCUGCCCUGUAACUAACCUGAAGACCUGAGGGUUUCCACAGUGGGAACCCGCUUAGGGCAGGGGCUCUCAGGUAGGAGAGCCUCUUUCUAGAUGUAGGUGUUUGGCUUUUUAAGGGGAACUCAGCUCUGACUCUGUUUUUCUUUGUGUACCCGUUGGAAUAGGUCCACAGACUAUCGUGAGCCAACCCUAAAAGGACCCAUAGUACAGUACCACUCGGGGAGAUGCAAUAGGAAGUGAGACUGCUCACCAUCUUUCUAAGAUAGUCACUAACACGUCACUUCCCAGACAUUAGCACGUGGGAUCUGAGCUCGGCACAGUCUCUGAGAUGGGAGAGUUGGACAGAGCACGCACAAGAAGUGUUCCAGUGCUCUCCUCAGCUGAGUCUGCGGUAGACUCUGCAGACUCUCUCCUUCAGGAUCUCGGCAGUUGUGUGAAAGCUGUGCUGAUAGUCUCUCACUGUGCCAACUUUAGUCAACUCCCCAGACUGAUAAAACCGUGAGGGUGCUCUUUGUGACUCAGUUUCCAUUCACGGGACUAAGUGGUGUAUGUCUAGUCCCCGUCGGCAGAGCUGAGAGUUUCAUUCAUCAAUAAACCAAAGCCAAUAGCUGGAGACUCGAGAUCUGGUUGGAAGUGGUUUAUGGUAUACGCUGUGCUUUAUCAAGGAAUUAUGAGAUAUUGUGGAGAAAAAAAAAUGACCUUUUUCUUGAAAUGUAACUUGAAAACAAAAUAAAAUGUGGAACAUAAUGUUAAAGUAGAAUUGUGGUGGAGGGGCGGUGAUUGUCAAUAGGAAACACGGAUGUUUUGGUUUUGGUUUUGUUUGUUUUUUCUUUUCUUUAAGGAAUUCUUAUUGAAUGACAUGUCCCCCCAAUCCUCGGCCCUGCCCCAUCCCAUUUGCUCUCUGAUGACUGACUCUUGUUUGCUCUUCCUGAGUAAGGAGUGCAUUGUGCCCAGAGUCAGUGUCAUGACUGACAUGAAGUUCUUCCCAUGUUUUAAAUAGAAGCCCAUUUUGCACAUCACUCCCAGUAUGACAAAGAUUUUUUGCUAGAGUCCAUUGACUGCUCUUUACCAAUCCCUUCAAAAGUAGCCAUUGCAUUCCCCAGAUAGUUUCCACAGCAGGAGAAUUCAGGGAUUUCAGGAGAAGAGAGUAGCCAGUGGAACCAUUCUAGAAUUCCACUUCCUCUCUCCAAGUUGCAGGGGAGUAGGGGUUCAGUGUCAAGUCUGGCCCCGUGCAGAGUGAUGAGUCUGGAAAGGCAAGAAUGAUCUUCCUUAUUCUGUAGAUUUAAGCAUUAUAUUUAUGUUCUGCACUUUGGAAGGAAAACAGUGUUAAUUGCUGGCCCAAAGCAAGCAGUCCACAGGGUGGGGUCUAGGCGACUGUGACUUUACCUAGUGGGUUCAGAAGAGAGAUUUUCCCAUUUUGAAAUUUUCUGUGGGAUGUUUUAGAAUGCAUUUCUUUAGGAUAUCCAGGGGAAAGAUACUCAGCAUUGCCAGCAAUCUUGAUUUCUAAAAUGAUGCUAUCAAAUCCACGAUCUCAAUUGCUACUUUGUUCAGUGACCGUAAAAAUCCAAAGAUCGGAACUACUGCUUUGUAUCUGCUUUAAGCUAUCUAGUUUUCCUUAUGCAAAAAAAGGUGUAGUAAAAAUUAAGUGACUGACCUUUUUCUAGUGCUGUGUUUUCAAGUUGCUUCUGGAAUGUGCUUCAGUAGUCCCCCUAAGAGUUGAUCCAAAUGUAACUUCACUGCAUCCUAAGUUAGGUCACCAGAAGACUCAGUAUAACUGGUUUCGACUGCCCUUUGAAUCUUAGUUGGGUUAGAAUUCACUGGCUUUGGGUUUUGGGAGGGGGACCUGAGCUGUUUCAGGGUUGAAAAGAAGGUAAUGAAAAGCAAACCCAACUUUGAGAACUAUUGGUCAUCCAUGACCUUAAAAGGCUACAGUUGUGAUCCAAGGAGGAGAACGUGUUUGCACAAGACAAGAUUUGCUCAGUCACAGCUUUUGAAAUGUGUUGGAGCCUCCCUCGAUGUAAGCACUUGCUAAUAGAAGCAGAAAUCAGGACUGCUUUAACUGACAAGGCUUGGAGACAAGGAAGGCCCUGGAAAAUUUCUGGCAUCUUCUUGGAAUUCUUUCCACUAUAUAUAUAUACACAUACACAUUUUUCCAGUCUAGCUGGAGUUGUCUUCUGAGGAUGGAGAGAGGAGACACAAAAGCUGUAAACCACCACUGGAUGGUAGCACCCUUGAUGGGUUCUUUUUAGUCUGCCCAGCUGUUUUGUGGUUGGAGAAUUGAUGUGUGUUCUAGAACCAUUAUAGUGAAAAGUUGCAUUGACCAAAGCUCCAUUUUUAAGAGACAAGUCCUGGUUUGAGGACUAGAGUUGUGUCUACCUGCCUUGUGUGAGCCUUCUGCCAGAGCAGAAACAGGCCAGGUCACCUUGCACUUCAGAUGUCAGGAAGUUUUAUCUGAAACCUGUCUUUUGUGCUGCUCACAUAUGCACCAGACACCCUUGUACCAAAUCCAGUAGUUUGUGUGUGUUGUGUGUGUGUGUGUGUGUUGGGUAAUGUGAAACCUGGCCUUGGCAGAGGGCACUGAAGGGCAAGUGCAGGCUGUAACCUAAAUGGAAGCAGUCUUUCAUUUGCUCUUUUUUUUUUUUU